AUGGGCUCCAUAACCCCAGUCCGAAAACUCGGGGAAUAUCCCCGAUUAAAAGAAAACACUAUCAGAGUAUACAAAAAACGCGCACACUAUGAUUACUACACCGUUCACUCAAUCCUCUCCCAAACAUUCGUCUCUACAAUCUCAUUCAUUGUCCCCGAUGAAGACGGCGAACCCUCCCCAUUUUCCCUCCCCAUGACCGCCGUAGCCGGAAACUACGAUCCCCAAAAUCCCAUCUGUGAAGAUGACGGAACCGAAGAACAGUAUGUGAAAGAACAAGAAAGUUUCGGCAACGCACCAUUCGAUAUCUAUCUGCAUGGAAAUUCCGCCAUGAUGUUAAAUCGAAUGACGAUAGAGGGAGGGAAUGUGAAAGUGGUGAUUAGUAGUACGAAAGUCGACGGCCUAGUCCUCCACUUCACCCCCAACGGCCACUCCCUCAACUACCGCUCCUGCAUCAUCCACGGGACCGCCGAACCCGUGACUUCCGCCUCUGAAAAACACUACGCCAUGCACCUCCUCACAAACCACAUGAUUCGUCGUCGCUGGUCACAGACGAAUCCCGUUGCGCCCGAAGCUAUGAAAUCGGUGCAGGUGAUUAAAGUCGUUGUGCGCAGUGCGUCGGCGAAGAUUCGGGCCGGGAAUGUAGAGAGUUUGGAGCGGGGAGGGUUGGGGGAGAGAGGGGAUGUGUGGACGGGGGCGUUGCCGUUGUAUGAGGUUCUGGGAGAGCCGGUGCAGAGUGUGUAUUGUGGGGAUAGGGAGGUGCAGGAGGGAGUGCUGGAUUGGAGGGAGAAGAGGAAUAGGGAGGAGAGGAGAUAUGCGGAGGAAAACGCGAUUCCGUUGACGGUGGGUGGUGGUGAUAAGUCAUGA